AUGGCUCCCAUCUCAAAAUUCAUCCCAUUCUUUUUCUUAACAACCCUUUUGUUGUCUCUGCAAAUCAAUGCCAGAGGCAGCCAGUUCUUGAGAAACAGGGAAGUCCUUUUCAACAACAAUGCCAAAGAUACAGAGUUUCCCAUCAAUGAAGAACCACUAAACAAGCCAGAACAGAAGCCAGUCUUCAUCCCAGAGACUGAAAAAAACUAUGAUCUAUUUAGCUAUGAGUCUCGUCAGAACCCUUCCAUCACCACCAACCCCAGCAGCACUUACCAGGCGUACAAAACGGAGUCUAAGAAAGAUGUCAGCAACUACCCCGACACUGAUUUCUACAACUUCAACAACGAUGCAUAUACCACCAACCAAGAUGAAGUCAGUGACACAAGACUCGCAGGGACACCUUACCGCAACAACAACUACUACAUCAACAAGGAUGCUUUUGGUGAUAAGCAAAAUUAUUUGAGUCACACAAAGUACGCAGAAGGAAAAUACGACUCAAAGGAAAAUCAGAACAACAACGAUGCUUUCAAUGAAAAAUUCUACUUCAAAAACAACGGCGAGUAA